UAUGAACACGGUUACGCGCAUUUGCUGGCGCGGGCACAGCUGUCAGCACCAAGGACAGCAGCUGAGCCCGGAGCACCGCAUCAGUAAAUGUGAUCACCUCUCUGCCGAGCAUACACAUUCAGCCAGCGGACAGAGAAGCGGGCUAUACCGCCGGCCAGAGGCGCAUACCAUGCGAAGACACUGACUUGAAAUAGCAUGUAACUUGUCUGAGCAACUAAAGAAGGGAUAUGCAGGAGGAAACUAACGACAGAGACUAUCAGGAUGUUGAAAGAGUGCGAAGAUGCAGCCAGUUUGCGCAUAGGCAGUGGUUUGACGUGCAGGACCAUGCACAUUCCACCGCAAACGGAAUAGCUUAAUUGUAUGUAACUGUAUUCACGUUUUCUAUUUUUGUUUUUUCGUUCUUGUGCGAGCAUAUGGGGGGCUUGCAAUUGCGGUUUAUGUAGGAUAAACCGUGCCUUCUAAAGGCUAUUCCCAUAUACCCACCGACAGUAGUGGGCGAAGCAACCGGGGUGCACUCUGCGCGCUGCUCGCUCACACAAUGCGUCUGUUUCUGCUAGCCGUUUUCUUCUCGUGCUCCUGUGUGCGGGGCGGCUGCGAACCAAAGAUUGUGAACAUCGGAGCCGUGCUCAGCCAAAAACGGUAUGAGCAGGUGUUCAAGGAUGCGGUCACGCAAGCUAACCAGGUCUGGGGCAGGGACAAAUUCAAGCUGACUGCAAUCUCUGUCACCCACAAACCCAAUGCGAUUCAAAUGGCGCUUUCCGUCUGUGAGGACCUCAUAUCAAGCCAGGUGUACGCCAUCCUGGUGAGUCAUCCUCCACAGUCCAAUGACCACCUCACCCCGACGCCCGUCUCCUACACGGCCGGCUUCUACCGCAUCCCCGUGGUGGGCCUCACCACUCGCAUGUCCAUCUACUCCGACAAGAGCAUCCAUCUGUCAUUCUUGCGAACUGUACCUCCCUAUUCCCAUCAAGCUCACGUUUGGUUUGACAUGAUGCGCGAGUUCCACUGGAAUCACAUCAUCCUGAUCGUCAGCGAUGACCAUGAGGGCCGAGCUGCCCAGAAGAGGCUAGAGACUCUGCUCGAGGAGCGUGAGACCAAGAAUAAAAAAAGGAACUAUGAAAACCUCGACCAACUGUCCUAUGACAACAAGCGAGGACCAAAGGCAGAGAAAGUCCUCCAAUUCAGCCAGGAGACUAACUUAACUGCUCUGCUGCUGGAGGCCAAAGAACUGGAGGCACGUGUCAUCAUCCUGUCAGCCAGCGAAGAGGAAGCCGCCUCAGUAUACAAAGCUGCUCGCUUUCUGAACAUGACGGGCUCUGGCUACGUUUGGUUGGUGGGAGAGCGAGAGAUGUCCGGUAAAGCACUAAGCGAAGCGCCAGACGGUCUCAUUGGCCUGCAGCUGAUCAACGGGAAGAAUGAGUCGGCACACAUCAACGAUGCAGUUGCUGUGGUAGCACAGUCCAUCCAGGAGCUGUUCGAGAAGGAGAACAUCACGGAACCCCCGCGGGGAUGUGUGGGCAACACCAACAUCUGGAAGACAGGGCCACUCUUCAAAAGGGUGCUGAUGUCAUCAAAAUACCCAGAAGGCCUCACAGGACGUGUGGAGUUUAAUGAUGAUGGAGACCGGAAGUUUGCUCACUACAGUAUCCUCAACUACCAGAAAAGCAGACUUAUUCAAGUUGGCAUUUACAAUGGAACACAGGUGGUGUUGAACAAGCAGAGGAAGAUCAUAUGGCCCGGAGGACAGACAGACACACCCAGGGGUUUUCAAAUGUCAACUCGACUAAAGAUAGUUACUAUCCACCAGGAGCCUUUUGUGUAUGUAAAACCCACCUCUCUGGAGGGAACAUGCGACGAAGAGUAUACACCUAAUGGAGUCUUAAUAAAAAAGGUGAUCUGCACUGGGCCGAAUGAGACCAUCCCAGGUAACAUAACAGGACGCCCAAUUGUACCUCAGUGUUGCUAUGGUUUCUGCGUUGACCUUCUGAUUAAGCUGGCAAUGACCAUGAACUUUACCUAUGAGGUGCACCUAGUAGCAGAUGGUAAAUUUGGAACACAGGAGAGGGUCAACAACAGCAACAAGAAAGAGUGGAAUGGAAUGAUGGGUGAGCUUCUGGGUGGUCUGGCGGACAUGAUUGUUGCUCCGCUCACAAUAAACAAUGAACGAGCCCAGUAUAUAGAGUUCUCCAAGCCAUUUAAAUACCAGGGCCUCACCAUCCUUGUCAAAAAGGAAAUCCCUCGAAGUACGCUGGACUCGUUCAUGCAGCCCUUUCAGAGCACACUGUGGCUGUUGGUGGGUCUAUCGGUGCAUGUGGUGGCGGUGAUGCUUUACCUACUAGACCGGUUCAGCCCAUUCGGAAGGUUUAAAGUAAAUAGUGAAGAGGAAGAAGAAGAUGCCCUUACGUUAUCAUCAGCCAUGUGGUUCUCCUGGGGAGUACUACUGAAUUCUGGGAUUGGAGAAGGUGCUCCCCGCAGCUUCUCCGCGCGAAUCCUGGGCAUGGUGUGGGCAGGCUUUGCCAUGAUCAUUGUGGCAUCGUACACAGCCAACCUGGCUGCCUUCCUAGUGCUGGAUCGGCCUGAGGAGCGCAUCACCGGCAUCAAUGACCCAAGGCUGAGGAACCCGUCGGACAAAUUCAUCUACGCCACAGUGAAACAGAGCUCGGUGGACAUCUACUUUCGGCGGCAGGUGGAGCUUAGCACCAUGUACCGCCACAUGGAGAAGCACAACUAUGAGAGCGCCGCCGAAGCCAUCCAGGCUGUGCGGGACAACAAGCUGCAUGCUUUCAUCUGGGACUCUGCGGUGCUGGAGUUUGAAGCCUCGCAGAAGUGCGACCUGGUGACCACGGGAGAGCUGUUUUUCCGUUCGGGCUUUGGCAUAGGCAUGCGCAAGGACAGCCCUUGGAAACAGAAUGUGUCCCUGGCAAUCCUCAGUUCCCAUGAAAAUGGCUUCAUGGAAGACCUAGAUAAAACCUGGGUGAGAUACCAGGAGUGUGACUCUCGGAGCAAUGCACCAGCCACACUCACCUUUGAGAAUAUGGCAGGCGUAUUCAUGUUGGUGGCUGGUGGCAUUGCGGCGGGGAUCUUCCUCAUCUUCAUAGAGAUCGCUUACAAGCGCCACAAAGACGCCCGCAGGAAGCAGAUGCAGCUGGCCUUCACGGCCGUCAAUGUGUGGAGGAAGAACCUGCAGGACAAGGAACCUUCUGGAAGUCAAGUUUUGGGGGGAGCUGCAACGCCAUCUUUACCCUCUUCCUCUGUAGAGACACAGGAUGAUAGACAAAGUGGUAGAGCAGAGCCCGAGCCCAAAGAGAAAGCCUCUUUUAGGUCCAUCAGUACGUCCCUGGCUUCCAGCAUCAAGAGACGUAGGGCCUCCAAAGAUACGCAGUACCCACCCACAGACAUCACUGGGCAGCUCAACCUGUCCGACCCGUCUGUGAGCACGGUGGUGUAAGAUCGAGAGUGAAAGACAGAGAGAGAGGAGAGGGAGGAGACCUCCACUCCGAACCGACAGAGAGAGAGAGAGAGCGAGAGAGAGAGCGAGAGCGAGAGCGACAGGAAGUGGAAAGGGGUGAGAUGAGGACCCACCCCCAACUCCCCCUUGUCGUCUCAUGGAUCCAUCACGACUUGAACAUUGACCCGAAACCUCAGCCCCCAUGUCUGACGUCCCCCCGGGACUUUCCAGUGGAGCCGAGAGAAGAUACAUCCCCUGCAGGGGAUGAAUGUCUCAUCAGAACACUAAAGCUGUCAGAAAAAACGCUUGACAUUGCACUAGGCCUCUAAGUCCGGAUAGAUUAGAGCCUGAUCAAAGACACACAUAUUUACAUACAUGCACACACACAAACAUGAACACAUACACAAAAACAUGUUGGAAUCGUUAACACAGUGCACUUUCAAUCACAGUUUAUUUAGUCUGUAGAUAUUUUUCCUCUUUUACUUUUUCUUAAUAUGUACAAUCAAUUAAAUUAGUCUAAUAGGUUAUGUUAAUAUACAGUUGAUUAAUAUCAGACUUACAGCAUUGUACAUAUCAAAUCCAUAUUGUAGCCAUUAUUGUUCUUAUUUCUCCAAGACAGUAUAAUCUGUAUUAUUUUAUGUGUAGUAUUUAUUGUAUUUUUUGCAGACAAUAUUGUUUCUCAGAUUAAUCUAUCUUCAUUUUAACAAUUCAAACAUAUUUGCAUUUAUUUAGAGCUAGGCGAGUUUUAAUUCUAUCACAUACAGAAUUGCUAUCUUAAUAUGUAAUCAAUCAAUUAUAGCAGAUAGGACUGCAUGUAAACACUUCCAUGGUGCGAAAUUAAUUUGUGUGCAUUCUUUGUUGACAAUACCUGAUAUUUUGAACAGCUAGUUAGAAACUAGCAAAGACUCUUCAUAGCUUAUUGGGAUGUUUUUGCACCGCACAGACUUGCACAGAACGCAUGGUCCCCCAGUUAGGACCUUGAUUUUGCCCCCCAUCAAAAACAAACUGAGCUAGCUUGCAGAUUUCAACAAAGGGGAUGGUUAGGCAGGACCUGGUGAUGUGUCACAGUGUUUGCAUGGCGACAUACAUCACUAUACAUUUCUCUUUUUUUUAUUUUACUGCCAGUUUAAUAGUAGACUUCCAAUACUUCAUAGCCACAUCUACAUACUCUCUCUCUCAUAUACGUUAAGUCCCUGUGUGCUUUGCUGUCUGAAAUGAUACCCUCUCUCUCUGCCUGUGAUCUUCUGCAUAGUAUUCCUCAGCCUCACUUUCUUCUGGGGUGCAUCAAAGGGCCAGGUUUAGCAUCCAACCAGCUCUUGGUCCUUCAUGUGAAACCCUAAGCAUGUGCAGUCAUCCCCAGGGGUGAUCUGCCCUUGUACUGGCUUUUGCAUGAACUCUACCAAGAGAGUGUCUCCAUCUUUCGGAGAGAUAAUUCUGGAGACUGUUGCCUUCUUUAAAAUAAUUUUGCCGGUCCACUUUGGUUUGGUGUUGAAACAGGCCGUUUCCCGAAGACUGAGACGGAGAAAAUCCCCUGCUUUGUCAGAACACACAGAUUAGACGCACACAGAUUACCCCCAAGCCCCCCCCCCCCCCCCUAAAAAAGAUGUGCAAUUUGCAAUUCAGCACUUUAAUGGGAAGUCUUUUUCUAUACCAUCCCCACACGUGACUCCAAAAAGAUAUCUGUAUAGACAUACAUGUGCAUACAUUUUAUGCAAUUAGUUCAGUAUAUUUAAUCUUCAUGUCACAUGAAUGAAAAAUUCCAAUGAAAGAUACCCGUCUGAACCAUGGAAAUGGUUUAGUUGUUAUUUUUAUUUGCUAUUUAUUACUUUGAAGCUUUGGAUGUUUUUCAUCAUUUCAGAUGUGUUGUCCUUGAGCGACCCAAUGAUUAGUUGUAUACAUACAGGACAGACAUUUGAUUUGUCAUUACAUCUAUGAAUUUGUGUUAGUAUUUCUAUUGUUUUUGGCCAUUUUUUUCCUCAUACAGGCCUAUGCAUGAGUGUUUUGAGAAAGUUUUCUAUGGUUUGUGGAUAUGUAAUGAUGAUGCACGUGAUGAAUUAAUACACAGUGUUCCACUUUUCACCCUGUUGUCAAAACACAUGUAUUCUGAAUGCACUGUACAUAGUAGUUAACUUGGUCAUGCUAUUGAGGAGAAUGUCAGUGCUGAGGAGCUGGCAGUAUGUUAAGAUGCUACAUGCAUUCACAAAAGCUACCACAUGCCAUGCAAUACACCCUGGCAAAGGGAUUGUUUGUUUAUUGAAGAAAAAAAAAACACAUAGAUCAAACAAAAAAAUGAUUUACUUGGUAGUUUGGAUAAGACAGAUCUUCUAAUGGAACACAUAUGGUUUGUAACAAUACAAUUGUAAAUAAAAUCUAUUUAUAUGUGCCGAAUUAAAAAGCGAUUUACCUCA